AUGCCGGCCAUGCUUAAACAACAAUCACGCAGUCUACUGCUCCUGAUCUUUGUCUUCACUUUUGUCAAAUCGGACAUCAUUAUAUUUGAGCCAGGCCUUAUUGUCAAUAGCAGCAAUGCAGCGGCCGCAGGAGAGCUCUCGGCAGCAUGCGUCACGGCCAUGGAGAGCACUAUCCAGUGUGAUCCCUAUUUACGAGCACAGGUUAUGGCUGAUAGCUUCAACUAUAUGCCUCCCUCAGUGCGCAGUGCGAUGUGCACUUCUACCUGUGCCCAAUCCUUGUCAAAAUAUCAUUCCUCGGUGAAAAGUGCAUGUGCCGACAGUCCUCAGCCCUGGGACGAUACCCCAGCAACCCUGUAUGGAGAUCAAAUCUGGGCGCAAUACAACAUCUCCUGCUUUAAGGAUAUGAAAGGACAGUUCUGUCAAGAUGUUCUGGCCAACCUUACACUUGCCGACAACGACGAGUCCAUGUUAAGUCUUUCUAAGAACGUCAUCUGUUCCGAGUGUGUGUUGCUUCUGGGUCAAUUGAUCCAAGCCACUCCUUUCAGUAACUACGGUCCUCGUAUUGCCAAAGAAUGGGCCGCCAUUCAGUCAAGCUGUGGCGUCUCCCAUCCCACCGCGGUUCAGCCCAUAGUUGCCAAUUGGACCAGCAUCCCGGGGUAUGCCCCUCCAGGAUAUCAGUCGGCUCAAUGUAUGACGGGGAAGACAUAUAUUGUUGUCUCCGGAGAUGACUGCGGCAAGAUUGCAGCGAACCAGGGAGUUCCGCGGGGCUCGCUGAUGGCCAUCAACAAUGUCCUUCCUGAUUGUUCAGAUCUUCAAGUCGGACAGAAGCUCUGCGUCCCAGAUAUAUGUCAACUCUACACAGUCCAGCCCGGGGAUACUUGCAUGAAAAUCACCAAUGCCUCCAAUAUCUCAUUGACACAGCUCCGUGCUUGGAAUUCGUUCAUCAACCCCGGAUGCAGCAACCUCAUAGCCGGAGAUUCUCUUUGUGUCAGUCAGCCAGGAGAUAUCUGGACUGGUACCCCCAUUCCAGAUGCCACAGUCACCAAAACUGGUGUAUAUGCGACGACAACAGUUGCUGCUCCGGGUGCUGUGGCAUAUGGGACGACUUCAAAGUGCGGCAAAUACUAUCAAGUCCACGAGGGAGACUACUGCCAGCUGAUCGCGCUCAACUUCACCAUCACGGUGCCUCUCUUUGAGGCAAUCAACCCAUCUAUCGACACAGGAUGCUCUAAUCUCAUUCCUGGGCUUUACUACUGUGUGUUGCCUACAGCAAACUGGAAUGAGACAGCCAGCACAACAACGUCGAGCUAUCAGACAGCUCCAGCCCCGACGCCAAGCGGAACAACUCCAAAUUGCUAUGAGUGGUAUGUUGUGCAAUCAGGAGAUUAUUGCGCCAAGAUUGAGUCGAUAUACGGCAUCACGAUGGUGCAAUUACAGCUGUGGAAUCCUGAGCUCAAGGAUGACUGCAGUAAUCUCCGGCUCGACGAUGCGUAUUGCGUCCAUGGGGACCCUGCUGCCAGCUCUGUACGCCGUGCAAGGCUGCCUGCUGAAGUUCGAGUAUUACCCACGGCAAACGGACUAUGA